AUGAAUAACCAAGCAGGCCAGAUGGGCGGGUGGCAUGCCACAUGCUCGCCCGAGGACCGCCAAAAAGUGGUCCAUAUCUUGUCGGCAACUCUCAAGGAACUGAUGCCCUCUACAUACAAUGACCUUAAGGCUCGGGCAGAGGCCGAGAACUUCGAGAAAAUGGCCUUCCAGCGCCUGGGCUCGCGUGAGGAGUACAUGCUGUAUAUCCGGAAGAAGGUGACGCUGUUGCGCGAGCGGCCGCGUGCCAACGACGUAGGACAAAUGCCCAUGCUGGGCAAUCUAGGCGCAGGGAACAGAAACGCAAAUCCACAGAAUAACUUUUAUCCUCGCGACCGUCAACAGCAGCAACAGCAACAGCAGCAGCAACAGCAACAGCAGCAACAGCCUAUGCAACAGAUGCGGCCUCAACAGACCGCUCCAUCGGGCCAGGGCCAGAAUAUGCUGACUCAGCAGCAGAUUGCCAACUUAAUUAGAACUGGGCCUAUUCCCCCACAGUUGCUAGCCAAAAUGCCAAUGCUUCCGCCAAACGUCAACACCUGGCCCCAGGUGUUCGAUUGCAUGAGUAAGAAAUUGAUCCCUGCUUCCGCGGUGCCUGCCAUCAAGGAGGUUCAAGCAGCUCACAUCCAGCUCGUAUUCCGCCAGCAGCAACAACAACAAAAAAUGAAUCAGCUACGCAAGAUGAAUAACGACAAUCUGGGCGGCCCUAAUCUGCAGAGCAUACAACAGUCGUCCAACUUUCCCCAGAGUAACAUGGGCGGCAUUGGCAUGAACUCAAAUAUGAACAUGGGCAACAUGAAUAAUAUGGGAAUGAACAACAUGGGAAUGAACAUGUCCAACAACCCUAGUGCUGGAAACAUGGUUGGAGGUAUGAACAAUGGUAAUGGUGGCGGUAAUUCGGCUGGAAUGUCAAAUACCAAUAUGAACAAUAUGAACACUAUGAACUCAAACAUGAACAUGAACAACAUGAAUAACAUGAACAUGAAUCGUCAAAUGGGUAACAACAAUGGAAACUCCAUGAAUGGCACUCCACAACAGCCGAACACCAUGAUGCAACCGGCCACUUUUAUUCCUGGUAAGCAGCAGCCCAAAACAAUGGCAGGUCAAACUAUGGGCAUGGGAAUGAACCCACAAAAUCAGCUGGCUGCUGCAAAGCUCGCUAGUUCGUUGACUAAGGAAGAGAUCGAGAAAUACUCAAGGGAGGCCAUGGUUAAUUUAGCUCGUUUGCAACAAAAUGGCUCUAUUCUGCAGAAUUUAGAUCAGGCCCAGAAGCAGAGCUUCAUCCGUAGAUAUGUUUUGCAGCUCAAACUCAAAGCUAAUGCGGCUAUGAAUCAGGGUAUGAACCAGUCUAUGCAACAGCAGCAGCAGCAGCCAAAAAUGCCACAGCCACCACCGCAACAACAACAACAACAGCAACAACAGCAACAACCAAAUAUGAAUAUGAUGGGGAACUAUGGCUCGCAACAACAGUCCCAACAACAACAGUCACAUCCCCAGCAGACACAACAACAAAUGGCCCAGUCCAACAUGAACAAUAUGCAUGCGACAGCUCAACAGAACAUGCAGAGUCUUGCUCAAUCUUCUGGGAAUCCCAUGAUGACACAAAGUAUGAGGGGAGCCAAGGUGAAUCCAACAGGCCCCCAAAACGGAAAACCAACGCAACAAAACUUUGGUGGAAAUAAUCCAAAUCAAGGGCGGCCACAGGCCUCAGGAGGUCCUAUGCUGUCGUUCUUGCCGCCAAUGACCGAUGAGAUCAAACUCCGCUUGCAGAAUAUCAGUGCGGAGGUUGCUCAGAGUAAAGUUCCACUCAAGGAUGUCACAAUGCUCCUUUCGGAUGCUGAGAAGUUGAGAGUCAGAGACAUGAUGCAACAACUUCUUCAGCAAUACCAAAAUGCAGAUAACAUUCUUGGGUACUUCUACGUUCUCUCGGGAAAUGCAGAUGGGGCCAAAAGGCUUUUGCAGCUUAAACUUAUGACCAAAAACAUUUUGGAGAACCUCAGACAAGAUACAUAUCUUGCAGGACCGGAUCUUAUUGAAAAAAUGCGUCUUCAAUAUCAGAAGUUCACUGACUACGUGAAGGAGCAGAUUUUGGCUCGGAAGGCUCAACAAGAGGCAAUUAAGCAGCAGCCACAGCAACAUCUUAAUCAAAAUCAAAAUCCGCAAGGGCAGCCUGCACCACCAAUUCAGCAGCAAGGCCCAGCCCAGGGAAUGCGUGGUGCUGUUAAUGGUCAGUAUGCUCAAAACAAUCAACAAUACCCACAAAAUAUGUCCCAACUUAUGCCAGGUGGGUAUAAUAACUCUCAAAACAUAGCGCCCCCUGGACAACCACAACAAUCGCCACAAGUGCAAUCAAUGCAGCAUGGACAGUUUAAUCAACAGAAACCGAUCUCUCAGCAGCCGCCUCAGCAAUACGCUAGAGCCUUGCCAAAUCAGAACAUGCAGCCACAAAAGUUGCCCGGCGCUGCUCCUGGGCCGCGUCUUGGUUCAAGCCCUAUUCCUAUUCCCGGGGCUGCUUCUCCUGGCACUAAAUCUCAACCCUAUAAAGCUACUCCUGCCAAAAAGGCUACAACUACGGCCGCUAAUCGGAGAAAGAAUGCUAAGUCUUCAUCUGCUAUUCCCACACCUGCAAGCGCUCCUACACCAGCGACUUUGGCCAAUGCCAUUAAAACGCCCAACAACAUGCCUACGCCUCUGCUUCCUCAAACACACAGCAACAGAGGUACUCCAAAUGAAUCGUCGCCUACCAAUGACCUCAAAACCAUGUCGAUGGAAAAGGAGCCUUUUGUUGGGGAUGUCUUCGGAAGAAAUAGCACGGAUUUCCAACAGGCCAAACGUAGAGAGCUUUCUGAUGCAAAUCCAGAGAAGUUUUUCUUCUCUGCUCUUUCGAACUUGCUCGAGAUUGGGGAAGAGUUCGGCGGCAAAUCUGCCGAAGACAGCCAACUUCCUCUCAAAUCGCCACUUUCUCCAAAACACUCUGGAGAGUGGUCCGCCGAAAUCAAGCCGUUUGCUCUUGUUUCUGCGUUCAGACAAGUUGAGGCCAUUAAAGAUUUGACAUGUUCAGACAUUCUCUCGGAUUGUGCCGAGUUGGUCAAGCUUGAAAGCGCAGACAGAGAGGCCAACUCAGAAAGAAGCCUCAAGAGAGAAUUGGAAGAAGAGGAAGAUUUGGAUCUGUUGUUUGUUGACAAGAAGUUCGGGCUUGAGGAGCUGGCGUUUGGUGAGUGUGGGUCAUUAGUCGAGUUCGAUGACUGGAAAUCGUGGCUCACUAAAUUACAAGAGACGUGA